GCUGCCUCUGGGUUUGGCUACUCGUCGCGCUCGCUGCGACAACCGGUGAUUUUGAUUUGGCAUCAAACAUCAUCUCUCCUUUACCAUCUUGUUCAUCUACCUGCGGCGAACAGCUUGAUUUGGCUGGCAUCCAUGUGAUGUAAUCUGAGAGGCCGGGUUCUUGAGAGCGCGAUGAGCAGCCAGGGAUUCGGUCCGGGGAGCCCCAAGUCCUUCCGCUACCCUCGAGCCGACUUCGAUCUCGAGUCCGGGAUCCCACGCAAGGGCCGCAAGCCCAAGAACCCUCACCUCGAGAACUCGGCGCUGAUGAGGAUCCGCUACUUCUACGAGGCGCACCCCGUGGCCGUCGCUCUCAUCCUCCUCUCCUUCGGCCUCAGCGUCCUGGUCCUUCUGUCGGUGUACGAGACCCGGUUUAGGACUAUGAGGAGCGGCAAUGCGUGGUUGAAUGAGGUUGGGGAGUACCCAUUCCCGAACCUCCGAAACCUUGUCAUGGUGGCCGGGCAUUCGAUUUACUCGAGCGCGAGCUGCGGGAAGACUGACCGCGAAGAUUCGUGGUUCUUGGAGCCGUAUCAGAAGCACCCUGGCCAGGCGGCCACGUUCUUGGCGCAUAUCAAGGAGGGGGUGGAGAUCGCGGCCAGGGAUGAAGAUGCGCUCCUGCUGUUCAGCGGUGGAGAGACGAGGAGAGAUGCCGGCCCGAGGAGCGAGGCACAGAGCUACUGGGCAAUUGCGGAGUCUAAAGGCUGGUUCGGAAAUGAUGAAAGUGUAAGCAGCCGAGCGCUCACCGAGGAGCAUGCACGAGAUAGUUUUGAAAACCUCCUAUUUAGCGUCUGCCGUUUCAGAGAACUUACUGGAAGAUAUCCACAAAAUAUAACUGUCGUAAGCUAUGAUUUCAAGGAGGAACGAUUUGCCCAAUUGCACAGAUCCGCACUUGGAUUCCCAGAAGGAAGAUUCUUCUUCUCAGGUACCCCAGCUACGCCUACAGCAAGGGAUGCUGCUCUGAAAGGUGAAGCCUCUGUCAGGUCUCAGUUCCUGGAAGAUCCAUAUGGAUGCCUAGGCUCUCUUCAUGUAAAGAGGCUCAAGAGGGACCCGUUUCACCGUACCAUUCCAUACCCGGAUGGUUGCCCUGAACUGAAGGGUCUGUUCUAUUGUGGCCCGGUGCCUUACUCUGGGCACCUUCCGUGGGCUCAGUAGCUCAGAGGACACAAUAUCUUGGAUUGAACUGCUACUGCCACUGUGAAAUUCCAAAAUUCUUGCAAUGACCUGGUUCGGAACUGACAGAAUAUAUUUUCAAUCUUGUCUUCCGUUCGACGGAGAAGCGAAGAGUUACGAUUGUGAGAUUGUUUCUGCAACAGAAGCAUGGUACAUGAUCAGUUAUAUAGGGUUUUCAUUUUCUUUUUUCCCCUGGUGACUUCUCUCAUGUCUCCAUUCCCCAUUGAAACUUGUGAAUUUGUUUGUACAUCUACUCUGUACCAUUAGCAAUGCAAAGGAGUCGCCCUUGCAGCUUAACCUGCACCAGUGGAAAACUGGAGGGCCCAUAAACAUUGUGUUUGUGAUAACCUGGUAUGCUUCCUUUGCUUGAUUAUUGUUCCCUAUA